CAGGAAGCUGAAACUUAUUACAAAACAAAGGAGCUCAACAAGCAGCAGCAAGAUGAAGUAUGUGGCGUGCUUCUCCCUGAUCUCUGUGAUCUGCGCCCUGGCUGGCAAUGGAGUUAUUGCUGAAUUGUAUAUCUCUGGGCCCGAGUCUGCAGUGCUGGAGGGGGAUGCUGUGGCCUUGGAAUGUCUCUCAGACUCUGCUACGGAUAUGCAGAAUUACACUUUCCAAAAAUACAGCACAUGGAUGAGAAGUUGGUUUCAGCUGGACGCCAGUCGGUAUCUCAGAUGCUGGUUCUACAAUGUCAACAUUUCACGCAUUGACGGUCGUUUGCUCCUUGAACUCAACGACGUUUCUGAGUGGCAGACUGGGCCAUACCGCUGUGUGAGCACAGGGAAUGACACCACAGAAGUAUCUGAAAACUUCACUGUCCCCGUAAUCUAUCUGCAGGACAUCUACUUCCAGAAGAUGCACUCCUGGUACACCAGUAUGUCUGAAGUCUUGUAUGCAGAGGAGGGCUCUACGGUGGAGGUGAAGUGUGCCGCAGCAUCCUCCCGCCAGCCAUUCUAUGAGUGGAGCCAGGAGGAUAGUGACUGGAUUUUGCCCUCUGACACUCUCACCAUCACAAAUGUUGAUGAAAGCUCUGAAGGAACGUACCUGUGCCAAGCUCGUCAUCCAGAUAUGUACAGUCUGGUCAAGACAAGAUCCUUUGAGCUCCGUGUGACCCCCAGGGAUCCUGAUAUGUUCAGGAUUGUAGACUUCAAUACUGACCUGCAAGUGGGAGACAUCCUCCUGUACAUCGUUCUUCCUGUAGCAGUGCUUACCAUCCUGCUGAUCACUUUCCUUGUCAUCAUCCUCCGUCACCGCAAGCAACAGCUAAAGAAGCCACAGAUCAGCCUGAUUGAUGCAGAGAAGAGGACUCCUAUCUACAAGGGCAGCCUGCAGUCUGUGAGCAGCACCUCCUCAGACACCCAGCCACUGGUCAUGUGAUCGCCAGAGCUGGCUCGCAUGCUGCACAGAACCAAACCGUCCUCCGCCAAAUAUCACAUCCUGCUUUCCGAAUCUGGUGACGGGAAUUCAAAGAACGUUACGCUCCAAAGAUCAGAGACAAAUACUGCUUAGCGCUUUGAUUAAGAGGUUAUUAAUUGGUUUGGGGUGAACAUUAAUCUUUUUUUUUUUUUUGUAUCAUUUUAAUUGUUAAGAAUUAUUUUUUCUUUAAAGUGUACCUGUCACUCUUUUCUAUAUGAUGGAACUGUUUUUGUCAUUUUGGCAGCAGCCUGAUUCAUUUUUAAAACUUUUAGGGGCCCAGGCUACCUACAUUUUAAGGGGAAACGGGUGAACACCGGAAUGAUAUUGUCCUAUAAUAGGAGACAAAAUGCUGGAUAGGAGAAUAGAAUAAAACAGGGAUGUUUUUAUUUUUAUUUUUUUAUAUUUGAAAGAUUGUUCAUGGCCGUCUCCACAUACUAUGAGCUAAGUACAAUUAGUGGUGUUUUUGUUAAUUUAGGACAGGAAUGUCAAAUGUAGAUUAAUGGGCCGCAUUGACUGGAAUUAAUUAAAUGGGCAACAUUACAGCUACUGAAAGCUGGACUUACAUAAUUCCAGAAAAGGAUUACAGUACUCCAAUAAUUAACCUUCUAAUACCAUCUGAAACCAACAACAUCUUAUUCCAGACAAAGGGACCUUAAAUUGAAAAUGUGGCCAGUCUACCAACAUUGAAAUAUUUCCAUAUUCCUAACAAGCUGUAAUUAAAGUGAUUGUAAAAUCUCCUUUAUUUUCUUAAAAAAUAAAAAUAAAAACAUUUUAUACUUGC